AGGUGAAAUAAUCGCAACAUUUAUCGACUCACGCGAACGAACUCCAGCAUGUAUCGACGGGAUGCGAGAUAUCAAUCACGAGACGAUCGACCUUUACCACUCGUACAAAAGUUAACCUCUGUUCGUUGUAUAAUUAUUAUUGAUACAUUAACGGAAAGAUGACUUACAAACGUAGAAAAUACCACAAGGGAGAUACACAUCUGAAAAAAGGAUGGAGGACGAAACGCCGAACGAAAGACCUCGACGAGAUCAACGAGGACAUCAAGCCUGAAUAUUCUACCGCAUUAUUGAACCAGGAAGUGGAUUUGGACAAGCCGGGUGCGGCUCAGCACUACUGCUUACAUUGCGCGAGGUACUUCAUCGAUAACAAGGCACUUCUCGAUCAUUUCACUACAAAAGUUCACAAACGCAGACUCAAGGCCUUAGAGUUGGAGCCGUACACAAUUGAAGACUCGGAAAGAGCUGCUGGUAAAGGAAAUUACGUUCUGCCAAGGAAGCGAAAGAUUGAGACACAGCCGGAGAAAGAUACGGGUCAAAUUGAGAUCGACGAUGAUGAUGUCGAUGCAGCGCCAGCUACAAAAAUAACAAGAACAAAAGAUAAGACUCUGGCUUAA